UCAUUUUAUUCGAUUUCUCUCUCUCUCUCCCCCCUAUCCUUUGGUCUUCUUCCUCUCCCCCUGUUUGGUCGAUUUAAGGGUUUUAUCCUCUUUCUUUCCCUCCCUCCCCCCUUCGGUUGAAACCCUCGAGCAAUCGCCGCGCUUUCACGCUUAUUAUUUCGAUUCGAUCGAGGGUUUUUCUUCUUUUCCUUCUCUAUCGAUCCAUCUGGCUUGUCUCGGUUCGGUUGUGUUGUGAAAAGAUGGGAUUGGUGUCGGCCUUGCCGGAGAUUAUGCGGCGACACGCCACUGGGGAUAUGUUAUCGGAGCUCAUCAUGUUCGUGUCUCCGCUGUGGGCUGCUGUAGUUUUGGGGGUUUUGGUCGGUUGGAUUUGGAAACCCAAAUGGGCAAAUUUUGGUGUAGAGAAACUCACUUCUUCAUCUUCUCCACAUGCUUCUUCCGAUUCAACCACAUCUAAAUUCAAUCUUUGUUCGAUUCCGAGUUUGAACUCCCUAAAGCUUCCCUGGAUUGUCGAUUAUGGCGUCAGAAACGAUUCCCUUUCCUCCCAAUCCUCUCAAAAUUCCAGCUUUAACAGCAGUCUUCCUUCACAGGUUGCGAAAGAGAGAUCAGGGUUCGUGACAGAAGAUGAUUUGAGGCAUUUAUGGAAGUUAGUCGAGGUUAAAGACGGGGGUCCUGCUUGGAUUCAGAUGAUGGACCGAACAAAUCCCACUUUCUCGUAUCAAGCCUGGAGGCGAGAUCCAGAGAACGGUCCUCCCCAGUAUCGGAGCAGGACAUUUUUUGAGGAUGCCACUCCUGAGAUGGUGAGAGACUUUUUUUGGGACGAUGGAUUUCGUGCAAAGUGGGAUGAUAUGCUUAUAUAUGCUUCUACACAUGAGGAAUGCCUUGAGACGGGUACUAUGGUUGUGCAAUGGGUGCGAAAGUUCCCCUUCUUUUGCAGCGAUAGGGAGUAUAUAAUAGGCCGCCGAAUAUGGGAUGCUGGGCGUGUGUUUUACUGCAUCACAAAGGGAGUAAAUUACCCAUCUAUACCACGGCGUAAGAAGCCAAGACGUGUUGACUUAUACUAUUCAAGCUGGUGUAUUCGCGCGGCUGAAUCGAGAAGAGGGGAUGGUCAGAUGACAGCGUGUGAGGUGAUACUCUUUCACCACGAGGACAUGGGAAUACCGUGGGAGAUUGCUAAGCUGGGAGUGAGGCAAGGGAUGUGGGGUGCGGUGAAAAAGAUCGAGCCCGGGUUACGAGCUUAUCAGAAGCUGAGAGCCGCGGAAUCAGGAUCUCAUCCAUCACCGGAAAUGGCUCGCAUCAAUACCAAAGUGAAUCUUGAAGAUCUGAGCAAAGAGAGGGAAUCAUUUCAGCAAGAGGAGGUCGAAGCAAGGGAUUCACCUCGGAAACCUUCAGGGAAGAGCAGCAGCAGCGUACAGAAGGUUCUUGUGGUGGGAGGGGCAAUUGCACUGGCUUGCACACUUGACAAAGGGCUCUUGACAAAGGCCGUGAUCUUUGGGGUGGCGAGAAGGUUUGCUAAAAUGGGGAAGAGGUUGUAAUAUAGUUAGACACGUUUGGAGUCAAAGGGAGAAAGCCCUUUUGUUCUCUCUAUUCAUUGGAUGGGUGGGAAGCUGAUCAGAUCGUAUGGUAAAAGAAAGAAAAAACCAUGAUGGAUGGUCUUCUACUUCAGAGAGAUAGAAAGGUGUUGUCUCUUAUCCGCUUUGUUUUGUUUUGAUGUUAUGUAAUAAUACUCAGCAAAGAAGCAGCCUCAGGAGGUUUAAUAGAAAAGAGAGGUUAUAUGAUAA